GUCCGCCGUUGCUUGUGUUUAGUGUGACCGAGCGCGUUAAAAAAGAUGUUUUUAUCCUCAACCCUGCGCUCUGCCGUCUCAUAUACGGCGAGGCAGGUGCGGAGUCUGCAUCAGACAUCAGCUCGAGCAGGAGCAGGAGGAAUCUUUGUGCACAGAGACACACCAGAAAACAAUCCGGACACCCCAUUUGAGUUCACCCCUGAAAACAUGAAGCGAGUUGAGGCCAUCAUUAAUAAUUACCCAGAGGGACACAAGGCGGCCGCUACUAUUCCUGUGCUGGAUUUGGCUCAGAGGCAGAAUGGAUGGCUUCCUAUUUCUGCCAUGAACAAGGUGGCAGAGGUCCUGGGCAUUGCUCCUAUGAGGGUUUAUGAAGUAGCGACUUUCUACACAAUGUUCCUCCGUCAGCCGGUGGGCAAAUACCACAUCCAGAUCUGCACCACCACACCGUGCAUGUUGUGUGACUCCGACAGCAUCCUGGAAGCCAUCCAGAACAAAUUGGGUAUUAAAGUCGGGGAGACCACAGCAGAUAAGUUAUUCACGCUGACAGAAGUGGAGUGUCUCGGAGCUUGUGUGAACGCACCGAUGGUCCAAAUCAACGAUAACUAUUAUGAGGAUCUUAAACCAUCAGACAUGGAGCAGAUUAUUGAUGAGCUGAAGGCAGGCAGAGUUCCUCCUCCUGGACCCAGGAGCGGCCGUUUCUCGUGUGAGCCGGCGGGAGGAUUAACCUCGCUGACUGAACCUCCUCCUGGACCCGGUGUUGGUGUGAGAGCUGACCUGUAAACUGAUCUCCGUCUAAACGCCGCACAUGCCGUGUAUGUAAAUAAAAUAUUAUCAUUAAUUAUA